AUGGCAGCCAUUCUGCCACCUAUUGUUGGUCAAAGAACCCAUGUUAACCAACCACCAGCAACAGAAUAUGUUCAACAAAAAUCUAUUCCACCUAUCAAAGGGGGUGUGUUUAAACUUCAACCAGUCAACAAGCCUCAAGGUAAAGCAGAUCGGGAGUUGAUGAAUAAAAGAGUAAAAUUACGUGCUGAGCAGCCAUUGUUAACAAAAACACACACACAGAAAUACAGAAAUACUUACAUACACAAUCUUAGUCUAGACAUGUUGGCAGCUGGAUUUCAUUUAUCAUUUAAAGAGUUAUUUUCUCUGAUUAACCAACAAGAGGCUGAUAGACAGAGGGCCGGUCCCGAGUCUGUCAUGUGGACACAAGUCAUGAUCAUAGACGAGGAGGAAAAAUUAGAUAUGUUACAGAAAUAUCUCACAGAAGCAGAAACUGCUGAAAGAAAAGGAGAGUUUGAGAAAGUUUAUAACGCCCGAUAUGAAUUAGCCGUGUAUUUUGAAGAUUCUGGAGACAAAUGGUUGUCUGAUCAUUUUUAUACGACAUGUCUCUCUACCAGUACCAACGUUAAGUCAGAUGGUGGACGACUCCAGGCUGAGGGAGAACGGAACGUCGGUCUUGCACUGGAAAAAAGUGGACGAUAUUUCGAAGCUGCUGAACAUUUUGAAUUGUAUUAUAAUUUAUCGUGUAACCAUGACGACUGGAUGAAGGACGACGUCACGUUCCAUCGUGAUGCCUGUAUCAAUUUGUAUCAUAUUAAUUCUGUCAUUGGACAGGAAUUACAGGAUUCUGAUCCCGAACAGUCUCUGGAAUUUUUACUGAAAGCUUUUAACAAAGCCAAAGAAAGUUGUGACCGUCAGCUAGAAGGCGAGGCAGCUUAUGAAUUAGGUCUGGCCUAUGAAAGAAAUGGGGAUGGGGAAACAGCUCUAUUGCAUUUAAAUCAUUUCCUGGAGACGUGUAAACGUGCGGAAGAUGAUGAGGGAAUCGGACGAGCUUGUGAUGCCAUUGCUAAAGCUUACUCUAGGAAAGGGGAGGUAAAAGAGAGUAUACAUUAUUUACAACAGUUCGUAGAAACAGCAGAACGAUCUAAAAAAGAAACAGAAUUAAGUAAAGCUUGUCACAAUCUUGGUAACUUGUAUAAUAAACUGGGUAAAUAUGAAGAGGCUGCCGAAUAUUUCAGUAAAGCGUACAACAUCAGUCGAUCAUUAGGAGAAACAGUAUCUAUUAAUACCAACAGAGUCCAGUACGGAAUUUCAAUGGCUCAUCGUAUGAUGGCUGGGUUCGGAGCUCAUCUAGUAGAUAUCAGUCAACCAUCUAUAGAAAGAAUUGUAGAUUGGAAGAGCUCCAGGACGGAUGAAUUCGAUAAACCUUUCCCAGAACCCAGUAAGUCAUCUGCAUUUUUUAGGAGUUUAGAUUAUUAA